UGAAUGUUCUGUGGAUUUGCCUUGUGAAUUUUUAAGCCCCAUGAAUCCACACAGCAGUAGGACAGUCCCUGCUCUGUUACAUACAUCGUGGCAAGAUUGGAGCCCAGGUGGAGGAGGUACAAGAUGAGCUCUUUCUGGAACAGCAAAACCUCUCUUUAUCCUCCGUGGAGCUCAUGAUGAAGAAAAGCACCGUGCACAGCACUGCACAUGUGGCCUUAACAGAAACUGCCCCAGGGUCCCAGCAAAGCAGUUCUCUCCACGUCAUAUCAUCUCCAUCCGCCACUAUUUUUGAUACAAUCUUUUUUAACCAAGGAACAAUGACCCAAAGUAUAGCAGAUCACAGCAUCUUGGUGGCAAAUUAUGUGUCGAUGAUGAGCAAUGCGGUGGUCAGAGAGGACGAUGAAAUGGAUAACUUUUUGCCAGAAGCUCCCUGGACAACUUCCCGCCCGGUUUCUCCGAUUCGGUAUCUCCCCGUCAGCCCGCCGGCGCUGACUCCAUCCUCACCCAUGAUUUCUUUUCAAGACCAACAGAUGACAUCAGCCUGGCAGAACACAAUGCAACAACCAACAACGUAUACCGAAUCCCCCAGUCAUUUCAGUGCUUUUCGGUCAGCUUUUCCCACAUCCGAGGGCAUGCUUCCAACACCUAGUAGGAACUUGGUGCUUUAUCCUACGGACGCUUACUGGCACUCGGCGAGCAGGACUUUGCCGGAGAUCGUGGCUUCAGGCACGGAGGAAGCAGAAACCCUUCUCUCCAGCUCUCUGUCUGCAGAGCCUCCGCUCGUAGGCAGUGGCCUGACUCAGCAGCCUUUUCCCUCCUGGGCGGAGGUCCCACCGCCUCCAGAGGAUGUUCUGGCCACGGUCACGGCCACGGCCAUGGACAGAUAUCCAGAGGAGACCACGGCUGUGAGUCGCAGUCUAGAAGGAACCAUCCUUUCUAGAACAGAGCCUGCCGCAGCUCUGGCGCAGAUAGUCUUUGCUUGUAGCCGCGGCAGCCCAAAUUCGGCUUUGUUCUCAUCUUCUUCUGCCUCCGUGUCCUUUUCUCCUCCAUCAGCUGAUGUUUCUUCUAACCCCUUUCUUCCCGGCAGCUCCGGUGAGACGUCGGAGCUGCCGGGCGACGCAGGGGUCGUCCCAGACCUCGAGGACGACGCUCGCGUCCUGAGCCCGCUGUCGUCACUCAGACCCUACACGGGGUGCGUGUCCUGCCGCGUGGCGUCGCCUCGGCUCGUCGCGUCAGCCAGCCUCCCGGGGAGGGAGGACGUGGGCUCGGGGGACGGCGCCGAGACCCUGUCGGUGACCACACCGGAAGCCCGCGGCGUCUCUCCGUCCAGCCGCAGAGUGGCGGACUUCCCAGAAUUCGAAGAAGAGCCGCAGGAAUUCAAUACACGUUUCCCCUCCCGGCCGGUGGUUCCACUCUCUUCUCCCUCCGUGCGCGGCUCAGGAACGAGCGGUGGGGUUUCAGCCGAGGCCGGUGCGAGCAGUGUCGGGACCACCCCGGUGCCUCCUUCCCGCGGCCAUCUCUCUGCGCCCGUGUCGCCCGAUGCUGCUCCUUUGGGCUCCUCCUCUGUCCCCGAAACGCCGGGACCGCCCGCCGGCGGCGGGACAGCGGGGUUCCCCUGGGUCAUCAGCAGCGUGCUCCCCGACUCGUCUGUCCCGCGCACAGCGGACCAGAGCCGCCCCGCGCCCGCGCGCGGGGACCCACGGCCUUCUCCGGCUUCCGCCCCGGGCCCGUCCGGGGAGCCUGCGCCGGUCCCUGACCCGGAGCCUGGCGGCUUUUCGGCGCAUGAAACUGGACGGGCUUUGGAGUCCGCAGCCGGUUUUCUCCCAACUCCACCGCUGGAGUUCAGCAGCCUGGUCCCUUCAUCUUCAGAAGGACUUGCCUCUCCGACUUUGGGGAUGGCGAGUGCCGCGGCCGCUUUCGUUUCUCCGGCGUCCUCUGCCGUGGUCGAGACCCUCGCGUUGUCGGACUCUCUCCGUGCGCCGUCCGCCCCGCUUUCCGUUCCUGCUUCCACAAACUCUGAAUUUUCUCAGCCCCAGCCGAGUUCAGACCUUCUUUUAAGGACGUUCACGUUUCUUCCUGGCUACUCUGAAAUGUCGCGCCUCUCAAGCCUCCCUUCUGAUUCUGUCAAGUUCUCUGAAGCAGCAACAGUUUCCCCGACAGGUCCCGAAGCUCAUUUUACCUCAGCCCUCACUGAAACUACCUCCUAUUUUGAGUUGUCACUCAUUGCCCAUGAAUCUGCGGUCACCACCCUGGUGCCCUCCAGGUCUGAGCCCACCCUUGACAUUUUGACUCUCGGGACUCACUUCCCGUCACCUUUGACUGCUUUUCAUACGACACCCAUUUUAGCAGAAUCUUCUCUCUUUCCCACUCCAACUCCAACACCUUCCAGUGACGAAGUCAGUGCUACGGAUGACCACUCACCUGUCUUACCCUCUUUCUCCAAAGUCAUUGCCAGCACCACACUGCUGGUCACUGAUGCGUACCUGUCGUCAGCAUCCUCAUUUGUUUCUGAGGUGGUCCCCUCACCUCUUCCUACAGAGCCAAUAUUUGUGGGCCCAUCAUUCACACCCACAGAUUUACCAAUGAACACCUCCAUGGAACCCAACUCACCCAACACCAGUGCUGCCCCCGAUCAUACUGUUGACGGCACCCCGAGCAGCAGAACUGCGAGUCAGAGUCCCCCUGAGAGCAGUUCGGGGCGACCCCCGCCAUCCCUUCAUCCCGUGCCCACCUCCACUUCUGAAGCAACCGUUGAUACUCCGGCACUGGUCACCACCAAGCCGCCAUAUGUGUGUGAUAUUACGGUUCCGGAUGCCUAUUUGAUCACAACCGUGCUGGCCAGAAGAGCCGUGCAGGAGUACAUCAUCACGUCCAUCAAAGAGGUGUUGAGGAUUCACUUCAACCGGGCGGUGGAGCUCAAGGUUUACGAACUAUUCGCUGACUUCACUUUCCUGGUAACAUCGGGGCCUUUCGUUUACACAGCAAUAUCAGUCAUUAAUGUACUUAUAAACAGUAAACUUGUACGUGACCAAACUCCUUUAAUCCUGGCUGUGAAACCUUCCUUCCUUGUGCCGGAGUCCAGGUUCCAAGUUCACACGGUUCUUCAGUUCGUGCCUCAGAGCGUGGAUACCAGUUUCUGUAACUUCACCCAGCGCAUUGAGAAAGGCCUGAUGAUAGCUCUUUCUGAAGUGAGAAAACACCACCAGGGGACGCAUAACUUCACCGUGCAGAUCUUGAAUAUCACCAUGGGUGCUUCAAGGCCCGCUCCUCGGCGGGGCCCGGUGAAUAUCGUCUUUGCGGUCAGAGGCGUGCAGGGGUUUUUGAAUGGGACGGAAGUGAGCCAGCUGCUCAGGAACUUGAGUGUGGUGGAGUUCAGUUUCUACCUGGGGUACCCCGUGCUCCAGAUCGCCGAACCCUUCCAGUACCCGCAGCUGAACUUAUCUCAGCUGCUGAAGUCCUCCUGGGUGAGAACAGUUCUCCUGGGUGUUGUCGAGAAGCAGCUCCAGAAUGAAGUGUUUCAGGCUGAGAUGGAGCGCAAGCUGGCCCAGCUGCUCAGUGAGGUGUCCACCCGGAGGCGGAUGUGGAGAAGGGCCACCAUCGCUGCGGGGAACAGCGUGGUGCAGAUGGUAAACGUGUCAAGGCUAGAGGGAGAUGACAAUCCUGUGCAGCUCAUCUACUUUGUGGAGGAUCAAGAUGGAGAAAGACUCAGUGCAGUCAAGUCUUCAGAUCUGAUUAACAAGAUAGAUAUCCAGAGAGCAGCCAUUAUCUUGGGUUACCGAAUUCAAGGCGCUGUUGCCCAACCCUUGGACAGAGUGAAGAGGCCGUCCCCCGAGUCCCAGAGCAGCAACCUCUGGGUCAUUGUCGGUGUGGUCAUUCCAGUGCUGGUGGUGAUGGUGAUUGUCAUCAUCCUCUACUGGAAACUCUGCCGCACGGACAAGUUGGACUUCCAACCUGACACGGUGGCCAACAUCCAGCAGCGUCAGAAGUUGCAGAUCCCUAGUGUGAAGGGCUUUGAUUUUGCUAAGCAGCAUCUGGGUCAGCACAAUAAAGACGACAUCUUGAUUAUUCAUGAGCCAGCACCACUGCCGGGACCUGGACCGGUGAAGGACCACACCACGCCCUCUGAAAACGGAGAUGUGCCGAGCCCCAAGGCAAAGAUCCCUUCCAAGAACCUCCGUCACAGAGGAAGAGUUUCUCCCUCGGAUGCUGACUCUACCGUAAGUGAGGAGUCCAGUGAGAGGGACGUGGGAGACAAGACGCCGGGAGCAGUGAAUGAUGGCCAGUCCCACAGAGCCCCACAGAGCGGGCCACCGCCGCCCAGUUCGGGGAACGAGCAGCACUCGUCAGCCUCCAUCUUUGAGCAUGUGGACAGGCUGUCCCGGUCCUCGGAGGCCAGCAGGCGGGUUCCCAGUAAGAUACAGCUGAUCGCCAUGCAGCCCAUCCCUGCCCCUCCGGUUCAGCACCCCGUACUGGCUGACCGGGUGGCAGAAAGCAACAAAAUUAACAAGGAGAUCCAGACGGCGCUGCGGCACAAGUCCGAGAUCGAGCACCAUCGGAACAAGAUCCGGCUCCGCGCCAAGCGCCGCGGGCACUACGAGUUUCCGGUGGUGGACGACCUGUCCUCGGGCGACACGCGUGAGCGGCACCGUGUGUACCGCAGGGCGCAGAUGCAGAUCGACAAGAUCCUGGACCCCACGGCCAGCGUGCCCUCGGUGUUCAUAGAGCCCAGGAAGAGCUCCAGGAUAAAGCGAUCUCCCAAACCACGCCGGAAACACCAGGUCAAUGGCUGCCCCGGAGAUGCUGAGAAGGACAGACUCAUCACCACAGACAGCGAUGGCACUUACAAAAGGCCCCCCGGUGUCCACAACUCUGCCUACAUUGGUUGCCCAUCCGAUCCCGAUCUCCCGGCCGAUGUGCAGACCCCAUCCUCUGCUGAGCUGGGGAGGUAUCCAGGCCUGCCCUUCCCAGCCUCCCAGUACAUCCCACCCCAACCGUCAAUCGAGGAGGCGCGCCAGACCAUGCACUCCCUCCUGGAUGAUGCUUUUGCUCUCGUGGCCCCCAGCAGCCAGCCUGCCAGUGCCGCGGUCGCAGGCCCUGGGGUCCCAGCCGUCCUGCCUGUGAACAGCACCCCUUCCCGGGAUGAGAGGCGAGCGACCCAAUGGGGAUCCUUCUACAGCUCUGCUCAGACGGCCAACAACCCGUGUAACAGAUAUGAAGACUAUGGAAUGACUCCCCCAUCAGGCCCAUUGCCAAGACCAGGUUUUGGCCCCGGUUUGCUGCAGGCUUCGGAGCUGGUGCCCCCAGAGCUCCAGCAGCCACAGGCAUCGGCUGAAGCCCCGGUCACUGCCCGAGGGAUCUACUCGGAGGACAUGCCAUCGGUGGCCCGGCCACGGCCUGUCGGGGGCACCACAGGCUCCCAGAUUCAGCACCUGACGCAGGUGGGAAUCGCAAGCAGAAUUGGAGCCCAGCCAGUGGAAAUCCCACCAAGCAGAGGCAGCCAAUAUGGGGGACCAGGUUGGCCUUCAUAUGGGGAGGAUGAAGGUGGCCGAAGAGAGGCUACGCACAUGCUUGGACAUCAAGAAUAUUCUUCUUCACCACUGUUCCAGGUGCCAAGGACUUCAGGUAGGGAGCCCUCCGCUCCUCCCGGGAACCUCCCUCACAGGGGGCUGCAGGGUGCGGGGCUGACUUACACCACCAGCUCCACAGAAGACCUCCAGCCCGGCCACUCUUCAGCUUCACUCAUCAAAGCGAUCCGCGAGGAGCUGCUCCGGCUCUCCCAGAAACAGACCGCCGUGCAGAACUUCCACAGCUGAUCGGCCUCGCCUUGCAGAUUUGCCAAGUAUCUGCUUCCCGUGGAAGCAAGACUAAAUGGAAAUCAACUAAAUGGGUGUUUGUGAGAGAACGUGCAUCUCCUGGGCUAGGUGCCCGUGUAAAGGAGCAAGUUGCAAUUUUAGAGGAUGCCAUAAGUCACAUGACAGCUCAUGAUGCUUUUAAUAAGUUGGCAAUUUUUUGACCACUUGGGUUUCAGUCAAAAUUUACGUACUUUUGGCCAAAAGCCAGCAGCACUUCAUGAAGGCAAACCACAAACCUAAGCUAACAACAAGAACAACAACAAAUCACUAAAUUAGUCUCCUUUUUAAAGGUAAAAGAUGGAAAUGUAUAGAUGGUAUAGGGAUUAACGGAAUCCAGCUUUUCCGUGGGAAGAUAUGAUUCAGACUGGUUUGUAUGGUGAACUUGCUGCUUUGUUUUCUGAGAAAAGAGAUUUGAAGACAUUUUAUUAACAGCUUGAUUUCCCUCUUUUUCUCCAUAGGAACUUAUUUUAAUAGUCAUAUUAACAACAAAAAUACUAAGACUGUUUGGGAAUAAAAAAAGCUACUAGUGAGAAACCAAAUGAUAGAUUGUAGAGCCUGAUGAUUCCAAAAGAAGCCAUCAUCUGCAUUUUUCCUUCUACUUCUGGUGCUACAGCUCCGAGGGCCCCUUCACCUUUAUGUCUGUGAAAUGCAACUUUGGCUUUUUCAAUGGAAGGAUAUGUUGAAGAUUUCAUUUUGUUCUAUAAAGAAAAAAAAAAACACCUCCCCAAUGGGGUGGGGGGGAGUUUAAUAUUUAUUUGGUUAUUCAAAAUACAUAUCAAAGUUUAGAUUUACAUUCUUAAUUGUAUUUGCUGUUUAUUAAUUGGGCGCAUGCAACUACCAACAGCAUCCCAUUUCAGUGCAUGCCAUCAUUAAGGUCAGACCUACAAAAGGAGGCUUUCAGGAGGUCAUAACUAAUCCUUGCACUUGGCUGAUGAGUUGCUCACAAAUUAUGUUUGAAUGAGAAAUCUUACAUGAUCAAAAAUUAUUUAUAAAAACUACCAGGACCAACAAAUUGUUAUUCACAAGUACGUUUCUAGUAAUCACAUUCUCUGUGUUCAAGACCUGGAAAUGAAACGGAGUUCACUCCAGCCUCUCAGUAAUAAAUCAAGAAAUGUAAAGAGCUUUGAGGACCACAAGGGAAAGGAGAGAGUUGCUCCUGGUUUCUGAUUUUAUUGUGCACGACCACUGAGUGACUGUUAAAACCAUCUUACAAGGUUCUUGGGACCUGACAGAGGGUGUCAUCUGUCUUAAGAUUCACUCCUGAAGUAAACAUUUCCUUACUUCCCAAAUUAGACUAAGGGAUAUAAUAACAAGGGCCAUUCUGUUUUCUGAUACCUGAGUAAAGCUCAGAAGAAAAACAGAUAAUGGAUUUCCACUAUGAAUCCUUUUUUUAUUAGAUCCACUAAUACUUUUAAUUAACAAUGGAUAAACAGAGAGAAUUUGGGGCUCUGAUGAAUCAAAAUCUGUAUCAAAUUUUAAGAACCCUGAAACAGCUAAAAUAGGUUUCCAAAGUGUAAUCACUGGGGGCCAGAAUCAUGUUUUAGCACUUCCUCAAUGAAGCCUGUCAGACAGUCUUAUGAUACAGGGAAUGUUGCUUCUGGGAAGUUGAAUGUAGCCUUUUUUUUCAUCUGUGCUCUCUGAAAGAGGAGGGGUGCAGGGGAAUAAGUCUCUCGUGGAUGUUAAAGGAAUGGAAAUCCCUUAUCAGGCAGGCCUCACGGGCUCCAAGGAGUGUGGGAGGUAAGACCCCUUUCUGGGCAUGAUUUUUUACCUCUCAGUCUUCGUUUAAUACCAGACUCUCCCCAGAAUGGAGGAUUAUCUUUGCAUGUCGCUCAAAAAUACCAGGUUUCCUGACUAUGUUAAGAAUUUGAGAUAUCCGAGCAGAAUUUUAUUACAGACACCUUAUAGUGAAUUCAGAUCGUGUGACAGCAAAUGGAAUAAACAUAGACGCCCUCCUCCCAUUCUGCUCAGUGUCAUGUUUGCACACAGUGUACUAAGAAUGGUUACCUCCUCUGUACAUUCCAGAGACGGGUGUCUGUUUUCCAGAGGGCUGCUGUUGUGAUUUGAUGCCUUUCAGACUAGCGUAAAAGGAUUCUACCUGUAUUGUUAUGCUUAGAAUUGAUAGACUUUUCAACUGAUGUCAUGACCAAAGAUAACAUAGGAUAACCGGUGUUGUGUGGUGUGGUGGGGGCAGGCUCAUGGGAUCACCAGCAUUCUUGUGUUGAUUGUAAAGCACACUCUGCACUUGUUUUCUCUAAACACCUGCAGCAGUUUUGCCUGUCACGAAACUCAGGACAGACUAACUGUCGUGGGGAGCACCACACCCAGGUGGGUCUUUGGAUACUCAGUUAACAUGAUCUACUGAAAAGAAAGGUCCUCAUGUUGAUCUUGUGUGGCUUUGAAGUUCCAUUAACUGAAGUACUCUAAAAUGAAAAGGUAAAUUUUGUAUCUAUUCUCUUUUCCUAGUUUAAAAGUUCUGGUGGUAAUAAUGCAAGCCAUAAAGUUGAGUCAGAAUUUCAGAGAGGGUUGGAGAUCAUUUUCAGAAUCUACGUUGUCACCAGCUUGCUGUGUCAGGUGCCUUCCUGAGCCUCUUUCUCCCCAUCAGCCAAAUGACGACAGACCUCUUCUGUCCACCUCCCAGAAUUUCUUGUUUCAAGAUUCAGCUAUGAUCUUGUGCGUAAACACUUGAGGAGGGUGCACAAAGCUUGGUGAAGUGUAAAACAUUAUCUGUAUGAUUGUACUGGGAUUGGACAGUCUGACAUGCUAUUAUCUACCAGUGGAUGACUUCACAUGGAGGUAACCAGAGCAAAACCAAGGGCUCCAUGUGACUCCUCUUCCUCUUUCCCAAUUUGCUUGAAAUUCACAUCCUUCAUCCUUAACUUUAAAACAGCGUUUGUAUCAAACAUCUUUCUGCACCUGAAUUUUUGCCAUUUCUAGCACCAGAAAAGUCAACAUGAGUUCUUUUAGAUCUUAGAAUCUAAGUCAGAUGACAUAGCUGGGUAUAAAAGAUGGAAGAUACAGAUACAGAUACAUAAUGUGGUGUGAACAUCAGUAAGAUUCACUGAAAAUAUACAAGUACAUUGGGUACUCAGGAGAAAGGAAGUUGUACAUUUGGAAACCAUGGGAUCCUGGGGAGAAGCCCACCUCAGAAGCUACUUAAAUGAAGAUGAGGGAGCUGGUGAGAUGGCAAGGGAAGAGCUGGGAGUGGGCCUGGGGAAGGACGGAGAAAGUGGGCGAAGCUGUCCUCGAAAAUGAACUUGACCUGCUGCAAUAUGGGGUUAGGAUCCCUAACUGCACCAUUUAGGGAGUUUUAAUAAAACAAGAGGAGGAAAUGGGGCUGUGAGGAUGUGUUUGCAAUAAUACAGCAAGAAAAUGGCUGGGUCUGCGAAGAAGGUCUGCGCAGCAAGAGAUCCAGUUUGGAGGAGGGAAGAGAAGAGUACCAAGAACUGCUGGAGGACCAACUGUAAAGUAUGAAAAUAUUGUAAGAAUUCCACCAAGGUUUACUGCUUAGGGCAGCUCUCAGUGGUCAGCCGUUCAAACACAUUAAAUCCUUUGUGGAGCAUAGUAGGUUAUAAAUAAAUAUAUUCCAGUUCUUUAUAGCUGCCUAUACAAUUUUCUCCAAAUUUUGAAGAGUAGCAAGGACGUUCUACUUUUAAUUUAAUUUCAGAAUAUGUUUUGAUUUUGGUGGGACAUGGCUUUUGAGCAGCAGACUAAGCAGGUUUUGCCAACCGGAUUUUUCAGGCAUGAGGCCUGUGAUGCAGAGCACAGGUGAAGGUGCACCUGAAGGCUUUGGGCCGAAACAGGCAAUUGUGUGCUUUAUGAGCCUCCCAUUUAACUGUGUACUGCAUUGCCCUUAGUGCUCCAGUGGCCGAACCAGUCACUCGGACACCAAUUUGCAUUUGCAGUAAUUCACGUGUUAAUCAUUAAAUAAACUUCUCUUUCCCUUUCACACUAGAUUCUUAGACAUGAAUGAAUUUGCUAGUUGAAAGGAAAACUUGUUAGGGUUCUGGGCAGGUGAGAAGGGGGCCUCCAGUCUUAACAACCAUACUAACAUCAGCUCAAGGUGAGCGUUAGCCAUUCCAUUUCUACCUCCAAAGCCAGUCUCCAGAGCCUGCUUAUCCACAUUUGUCCCUGAUGGGAGCAUAAGGGAGUCCACUUCUGGACCUGCACACUGACCAUUUGAUCACAAAACACAUUUUUAUGGAAUGGUAACUUGAACUCUGUUUUUACAUUUAAUCCAAUGUAUUAAUGGAUAUUCUUAUAACAGGUGAGAGGGGUUUCUAGGAGCAGCUGCUGUAACAUACUCAUAAAAUGUAAUAGGCUCACACUUACUACCUAAUGAAUAAGGAGUGUGUAUAUUUUAGGUUUCUUUUGAUAUUCUUGGAGGUAACUUUGAGUGUUUAGGACUCCUCUCUUUAGUAUUAAAAAGACUUGAAAACUGAAACCUCACGGUACGAUCCUAAUUCCAUGCUUGUGUGUGUUAACACUACGUUUGAGAAUUUAUCUUAAGAACACACAGCAGCAUUGAAAUUUAGGAAAAGAAUAUUAAAUGCCUUUGGAAACAUGAAACAAAGUUAGGAACCAGCGAGCAAGUGAGAGAAGGAAUGAAUGUCUUAAUCUGAAGUGGUCUAGUCCAAAUUAGUUUCCCACAGGGUAGUUAUACAGGAUCCUUGCUUUUCCUUCUUCCAGGUUUUUCUGCUGUGGGGCCACUUCACAUUUAAUGAAAGAGUGAAUGGUGGAAGGGACAGAGAUAAAAAUUGAAGUGAUUUAAGUCACUCGGUCCCUGAUUCCACCAAAACCUUUCUGGACAUUCUGGAGCAUUGUGAAGGGUCUCAUGCCCCUGUUUCAUGACUUGACUCCCUAAGUGUGCAAGUUAGGAAUAGUACAGGGCCAAAUUUAAGACAGACCCCCUGUACUGUUCCGCUUGUUCAUGUGGGGAAAGAAGGAGGCUCCACUGAUUAAUGCACUGGCUCUAAACACCAGAGGGCUCAUUUCGGAAAAGGGGGUAAAAACUCAGCUUGGCCCUCCUCCAGAGCAUCUUCGAGGGAGCAUGGAGAUUGGGCUCAUUACCCUCGCAGGAGAGGUGGCUCAGCAGAGCUGCUCUGGGAUGCCCACUUGUCUCCUCCUACUUUGUCAAGGUCCAUGUUCUUCUGACUCUUCCUGCACUCUCAUUCCUGGACUGUGAGUGAUAAUGUACGAAAAUAUGCAGAGUAAAUUGAAGCCACUCGUGGCAUCAAUACUGCAACUUGAACUUGACAAUCAUGGUUUGCUGGUCUCAAACGGGCACUUGAAUUUCAGCGUGGGUAUAUGAUUUAGUGAUCGAACUCUCCCUUCUAUUUGUCGGUUAUGUUUCUACCCUUCAAUUAGCUGCCCUGUUUUCUAAUGUGCUGUAGAGUUUUUGAAAUAAUUUAUGCAAGUGUUUGGUUUCCAUGUUUACAAUUUAUACUGCUUUCCUAGCAUUUUAAAUGGAAAUGUCAAUAAAUGCUAUGAA